AUGCUUGUUCCAGUUGUAAGUGAAAAUGUUGAAGAACUGUCGAACCCUUUACACGAAGCAGCUCGGCGAGGUAUCUGUGAACCAGCCUCGACAAAUCUGGUUCAACAGCUCUGUAUUGGGCAUGUCAUGAAUAAGUUGGGCGACACCCCACUGCAUGCUGCUUCAUGGCGUGGUCACAGAGAUUGUGUACAAAUACUUCUUGAUAGUGGUGCCAAUGCUUGGAUACGAAAUCGAGAUCAAAAGCUGCCUAUCGAUGUGGCCAAGGAUGCUGAAAUCGCAGGCUUGCUUGACCAAGCAAUGAGGCGAGACACAAGAAACGAAGACUGUGAAAAUGAGUACGAAUCUGGAUCUGAUCAAGAACAAUAA